UGUGUGUGUGUGUGUGUGCGCGUGUAUCUGCCCACGGCGAUGCUCUAGAAUGGACUGUGCUGAAUAUAAAUCAGGUGACUGAACAGGCGGGGGCUUCUUCACAGACAAGCCCAGAAGAUUGUGUCAUGCCCACUCCAACAUAACUGACACAUACACACACACACACAUGUACGCAUCCCACUUGGCGAGCAACACAACAGGCACUGUAGUUACCAGCCAGCCUUUACAGAGCCCGGACUAACUGACUGACUGCCUCGCCUCUUUGGAGUGCUCAUCUUAUCCGUGCAAGGAAGGACUACUUUUUUUUUGUGAAAUCCACUGUGGUGGUUGUAAAUAUUUAGUGAAUAAAUAGUGGUCGACCGCUGAUGCUGAGGUGUAUGGGUGACUCCAAGAGAAGAGCAGGUGACGCGGUAACCAUGUGGAUCCCGAUCCCCAGCAUGACUCGUCCUCAGCGGCUGGUGCUGUACGGGACGUGUGCACUGGCAUUAUUAAACUCUGUGGGCCUUUUAAUGCUUCUGAUCCAGCAGAAUCAACAAAACGUCCUCCUGGAGCAGGCGGGAGACAGGCUGACACAGGUGGAGCAGAGCUCAGUGGUGGAGUUUCUCCAGGAGGUGCCCAGAGAACGAGCUCAGAGGAAUGUGGGGAAACCGCAGUAUCAAUACUCCAGAAACAAGAGGAGUGAUGCGCUUGAGCUGGAUGAGGGGCAGGAGAAGACGUUAGAGGUGACGCAAGAGAAGGAGAUAGGGACGGAUGAGGAGCGGGAGGUAGAGCGAGAGGUGGAGGAGGAGCUCGACCGUCAGGAAGAUGUGGAGACCGAGCAGCAGGAGGUCAGCCUGGAAGUCGGAGAGGAAACUGAGAUGAAACCGAAGCACAAUCGGAAACACAAGCACCGUCAUAACCAUCGUUACCACAAGCAAGACGUGCACGAUGAUAUGAUGAUGAUGCUCACUUAUUCCAUGGUGCCGAUUAAAUUGUUGGUCGACAUUUGUAACAGCACCAAAGGAGUCUGCCUGGCUGGGCCCCCAGGACCACCUGGUUUGCCUGGUGCAGACGGCAUGCCUGGCAUUAAUGGGACGGAUGGCAUUCCUGGGCUGAACGGGCUUCCUGGAGCUGAUGGUAAACGAGGAAAAAGGGGACUGCCUGGUGAAAAAGGAGAACCGGGGGAUAAGGGAGAGCAAGGAGAGCAAGGCCCCCCCGGAGAAGAUGGCCAACCAACCAAUGAUGUCAUCAUCAAGGGCCCCCCUGGCCCUCCUGGACCACCUGGACCCGUGGGGCCCCCUGGACCUCCAGGACCUCAGGGACCCCCAAGAACGAGGCACCAUAGAGCCCACCUACAAGCGGCUCAGACCAUGGAACCAUUGUAUUCAAUUCCAAAUGAUGAGACCUUGUUUGUGAAGACAGCUGGGAAACUUCAUGAGAAGGCACCGAAGAGGAAUGAGUGCCUGAUAAAGUCUCUGAUCAACCCCAGAAAUGUGACAAAGAUGGAGAGCACAUUUGGCACAUGGAUGAAGGACACCGCCGUGCUCAAUGACGAACGCGUAUGGGUGGCGGAACACUUUUCGGGUCGUCUGCUGAGGGAGUAUCAGAGCAUUGCGGCGUUGCAAUCCAACAGCAGUGACAUUGUGAAUGUUCGAAAGUUCUACCAGGGGUGUGGUCACACAGUGCACGGUGGCUCCUUCUACUAUCAGAUUGCUGGCACGUCCAGCAUUGCCAGAUUUGACUUGGACACCAAGAAGCUCCUUACACUCACUGUAGAUGACGCUCUCUAUCACAACCGUGCCUAUCUGCUGCAUAAUUCCAAGACCUAUUUCAAAAUGGCGGCGGACGAGAACGGCCUGUGGUUGAUCUACGCCUCCAACUUGGACGAGAGCAUCGUGGUGGCCCAAUUGGACCAAAAGACUUUCUCCAUCACCUCCUAUAUAAACACCACCUAUCCACGCACUAAGGCCGGCAACGCCUUCAUCGCCUGCGGGGUUCUGUAUGUCACGGACACCAAGGACGCCAGAGUCACUUUUGCGUAUGACCUGCUGAAGGGUAAACCGGUUAAUGUAACCUUUGACCUGAGGCCUCCAGGUGGAGUGCUGGCAAUGCUAUCCUACAGCCCCAAGGACAGACACCUGUAUGUGUGGGACAACAACUACGUCAAACUCUACGUGGUCUACUUCAUCUCUGAUGAGUGAUGACCUGCAACAGAAUGACAAUCAAACUCUAGAUUAAAAAAUAUAUAUGUCCAAGCACAUAGUUAGCUAUUAGACCAGGGAUUCUCAAAGUGUACGCAAAAAGGGUCAAUCACUCAAAAGUACAAACCAUACAUAAUGCGGCAGUGGCUUAAAGUUCCAGUGUACAGUGGAUUAAAUAUGAAAUGACAGUGGUGCCUUGAGAUACGAUGCAUCAUUCAGUUGAUUUUUUUUGCUUUAACUAGUAAACAAAAAAUCCAUACAUCCCUGCUAAAAACAACAACAACAAAAAUACAACACCAUACAUUAGCAUGGUUUUGUUGUGAUUUGGUGGUGACGGGCAGCAAAAGUAAAACAGCCAAGAUUCAAACAGCCAAACUUUUGGUCACUGGGCAACUUACUCCGAACUAGCCCACAGCCGCCCAACAGGAAAGUGUGGCUCAGUUGAUAGGACACUGGGUAACCCGCCCUGGGUUACCCAGUGUCCGAAAUUUCAGCUGUUUGAAUCUGGACUUUUGCUGCUGGUCUUGCUAGUGACACCAGUAAGACCAAUAUACACUGCUGUUGCGCUGCUAGAAACUGUUGACACUGGCAAGACCAGCAUGAAAACACAACAAAACCAUGCUGGUCUACGCAGUUUUAUUUAUAUAUUUAUUGAUUUAAAAAUGGGACAAGUGCUGUAUAGUUGAAGGUUGCUGUCAAACUAAACAUAAAACAAAGAGAUUUGUACCCUUAUGUAUUUAAAACAACCACAACAUUUGCCCAAGUCUGCUAGCUUAAUGCUAACACAUAGGCUCAAUCAGGGGUCUCCAAGUCUGGUCCUCAUGAGCCCCUCUGCUUAACAACCUCCGUUUGCUGCUGCACGUGAGAGGAUUACUGAGAGGAAACUAACGACCAGGGAUGCCUCCAGGAUUUUUUACUCUCCCGGGGAUAAAGGGGGGUUUGGCUGAUACAAAGGGGAGGGGGGCAAUUUGUAAAUAUAAUUUGGAACACCAAGUAAAAUGUUGGAGGAGGUAAAUUGGGGUUACACAGAUUUCUGAUGAGGCGACAGCACCACUCAUUCCCGCUGUAACGUCAUCCCUGCUCACGACAGAGACAUUCCCAAGAUUGGCUUCAUUGACUGCAUUGCACUGCUGAACUGUUUACUGAAUGCCCAAUUGUUGGCUAACUAUUCGCACACACUCACACAACUUCCAGGUAAACUGAUCAAAGGAGUCCACCUGCCUCCACACACACAGACACACACACACACACCAAAUAUCUACAUGACACAUACUAAAAUAUUAUUCAGUGCAGUUUUCCUUAUUAGAAACACAUUACAAAAUGAUUAUACAUCUAUUUGGAAAGGCAAAAGUAGAUUUGAGGGUGGUUACGGAAUGAAUUCAACACCAUCCUUUUUAAGUACAGUGCAUUUGCAUUUAAUUUUUCACUAUUUAUUUGGGUACAUCUUAAGUGUAUCAUACUUUAUGUGAAGUUUUCCCCGUGUUUAAGAGCAGCGUUAAGGUUAAAACUGUAAAUAAUGUGCCGUAUGAUAAUAGAGAAAACAUUCUUUAGUAAAAAAACCUCUGCCUCAUUUUAUCAACAUUUAGUACUACUAGCUACUGUGUUUUAAUGUUGGUCAUUAAGUUGGUACUUGAUAUAAAAUGUUCAAGAACCACUGCAUUAGAGAACAAUUACCAUGAUUUGUGUAAUUAGAAAAAAAGUGCUGUUAAUUAUAUCCCAUUCUUUAUUUAUUAAUGUGUCAUUAUGGAGUUCCUAACAUAUUUUCACAACUUUUAUCAAACAAAAUAUCAUUUAUACGAACUUUUUUUAAGCUAUGAGUUGAUGUAACAUUUGUAGGAUUUUAUCUAAAUGUAUGUGAUCUCUUUAUAUCCUGUACAUACAAUGCAAUAGAAGCAGAAUCGAGGGACAGAAAGAAAAAGGAAGAACUAAUGACAACAGUGCUAAAUCACCAGAUGAAAUAAAAAUAAUUUAUUCACUUUACAAAGGUAAAUCUCA